GAGUCGGAGUUGCACAGGAGCGUCUCUGUGGUCCCAAAUGAGAAUUAAAUACCUCCGUGUGCAUGAAUGACUUUAGUUCUUUCCCCCCCAGAGGUGUUGCUCGCAGCAGAGCCUCGUGCCAUGGGCCCGGGAGGAGGCAGGUAUCGGCUGUUGCACCUGAUGUCGGGACGCCCCUGUUGAUAUUCCCUUGACAACCGCGGAUCGGACACGCCAAACAUUCAGGGGCCAUCAUGCCCAUCACGCCGCUGUGGGCCGUGGAUGUGUACGGCAGGGUGUACAGCCUCUCCACGGCCGGCCAGCGCUGGGAGCGAGCGGACGACAUGCUGCUGGAGCUGAAGCGGGUCACGGCAGGGAAGGGCCGCUGCUGGGGCAUCGGUUGUGACCACCACGUUUACCUCAACAUGAUGCCCAGCGAGACCUCCAUCCGCUACCGGGAGGAGACCUACGAAAACCAGAGGUGGAACCCCGUGGACGGCUUCACCGACACCCUGCUGCCCACCGACCGCUGGCCGUGGAGCGACGUCACCGGGAUGAACCCACAGCCGCUGCACAGCUUCCAGCUGCCGUCCCGCAGCUGGGAGUGGGAGGGAGACUGGUACGUGGAUCAGAGCUGUGGAGGAGAGCCCAGCCAAACCGGGGGCUGGGAGUAUGCUGUCGAUUUUCCAGCUAACUUCUCACCAGACAAGAAGUGGAACUCCUGCGUUCGUCGAAGACGGUGGAUUCGCUACAGAAGAUAUACAGCACAAGGCACUUGGGCCAAGAUCCCCUUGGACCACCCCAAAAAGCCUCCGCUGCCGCUCUGCGAUAUCAGCUGUGGUGGCUGGGAGAUGAGCGACCAGUCUGGACGGUAUCCAUACCUCUGGGGCGUCUCACAGCAAGGACAGGUGUGGUUCAGGGAGGGUAUCCACCCUCGGGUCCCGGAGGGCUCCGCCUGGGAGGAAGUGGAAGUGCCCAAGGAGGUGGCUCAGUUAUCAGCCGGACCCGGAGACCUGCUGUGGGCCUUACUGUGGGACGGAAACCUGCUGGUUCGCACCGGUCUGACCCUGGACAGCCCGACCGGCACAUCGUGGGUGGAAGUGGAAUCACCAGGAAAGGAGGUCGAGGCGCUUCACGUGGCUGUGGGAGUCAGCGUGGUCUGGGUGGUCACUAAGGACUACAAGGUGUGGUUCAGGCGAGGCGUGAACUCUCAUAACCCCUGCGGUUCUGGCUGGAUCAGCAUCGGAGGAGAGAUGAUGAUGGUGGAUGUUGGACUCAAUGACCAGGUGUGGGCAGUCGGCGAAGACCGUGGUCUGUAUUUCAGAAUGGGUGUGACCCCGUCUGAACCAAGUGGGAGUGGCUGGAUCCCUGUUUCUGGCCAGUGGGGCCAUAAUAAAGAAGUUCUUCCACCCAGGGAUGAGUGUGAGUUCAGUGGCCAGCUGACGGAGGCCUCACAAGCCUCCGUUCUGAGCUGCACUGACUCAGACUCAGAAUUGGGUCCCGCUGACCCUCAAAACAGCACAAAUCAAACCCCAGUCCUGGAGGCAGAGGCUCCCUCUGUCGUCCCCUUAGGUGGAACUAACACGCCGUCACCUCUGCCGGAAACGGAGAACACCCCACCAGCACCUCAACAAGACGCCCCCAAGCCUUUCAUCCCCGCCAGCGACAGCUUCAUCAACAGCCUGGUGUCUGACCGUGACAGAACGUCCACGCCGCAACCGUCGAUCGCAGAGAUCCCGCAGGAAGAGCUUAAAGAGCUGCCGUCAGCCCCGGUACUCCUGACCCCUGCCGAGGCCGCAGAACACGACGUUCCCUGGAUGAACGUGGACCUGGAGGGGGCGGAGGCCGCCCGGAGCACACAGGCAGCAGGGCCUUUGUCAAAGGGCGAAGGCAGCUCCGCUGCCACGUACGCUCUGGGGACUCUGGACAGCUCGCAGGGUGUCGGGGAGGAAGACGGUCCGGUCUGGUCCUGGAUUUCUGGGGGAGGUUGUGAUGUGGAUGCAGGUUCACAGAUUAGCUGGCUCAGUCCUGCAGGUCCUCUCACCACCUCGUUGUCCCUGACCCCGGUCCAGUCGGCAGCCUGGAGAGAGCAGCCACAGCAGCAGGAACCCAAGGAGGAGAUCAGCAAGAAACCGCUGGAGAGAAGCUACUCGGUGUGGGUGAGGAAAGGCACGCUGCGCUGGUGGAGAGACUGGAAACCUCAGCGCUGGGUGGACGUGGGUGUAGCUCUGGAACAGUCCACCAGGUCUGAUGGCAGGAAGGACAGCAUCUUCUUUGUCUAUUACACACAGUACGAUGAGAAGAAGUACCUCCACGUGUUCAUCAGCGAGGUGACGGCGCUGGUUCCAGUGCUCAGGGACUGCCACUUUGCCUUUGCUGUGUACACAGCUGAAAGGACCAAGCAGAGGUGGCCUCUGGUCCUGGCGGCUCCGAGUGAAAGAGACAUGAAUGACUGGUUGUGCCUGUUGUCUGACUGCUGCUGCGAGUGUCGAGGGAUCGCGGGUCCGCCGUCCAGACAGGCCCUGUGGUCCACCACCUCGAAGGGAGACAUCAUGGUCCACGAGCCGUCCUUCUCACUGGAGAACCCUGCACACACUCCGGCCUGUGACCUCCUGUUUUGGCGACAGGUCCCGGGCCACCUGCGCCGUGUAGAAUCUAACAGUCUGGGGCUGGUGUGGGGCAUCGGGUGGGACGGCACUGCCUGGGUCUACAGUGGGCUCUGUGGGCAGCAGCCCAACCCGGGAGAAGCUUCUCAAAUGCAUCCGCAGACCGACGUCAGAAGCGUGCACGUGUACGAGAAUCAAAGGUGGAACCCAAUGACGGGAUACACCGACAAAGGCCUCCCCACUGACCGGCCGAUGUGGAGCGAUGAGAGUGGAUUGAGAGAGUGCACCAAAGGCGACACACACCCACCCUCCCCUCUGUGGUCCUGGGUGUCAGAGUGGGCUGUGGACUACAAUGUCCCUGGAGGCACAGACAACGAGGGCUGGCAGUACGCUGCAGACUUCCCCACGACAUUUCAUGGCCACAAAACCAUCAAAGACUUUGUCCGACGCAGAAGAUGGACGAGGAAGUGUAAGAUCACAGUGAGAGGUCCGUGGCAGCAGGUCCCGCCCAUCUGUCUGAGUGACAUCUCUAUCAUGCCGUGUCUGGCUCACAGCAGAAUGGAGCAGGUGCCUGUUUGGGCCCUCAGCGACAAGGGAGAGGUGCUGUGUCGCCUGGGAGUCAGCCCCCAAAACCCAGCGGGCAGCUCCUGGCUCCAUGUGGGAACAGACCAGCCUUUUAAGUCCAUCUCUAUCGGCGGGGCCAACCAGGUGUGGGCGAUCGCCAAGGAUGGAGCCGUGUUUUACAGAGGAUCAGUGUCUCCGCAAAACCCGGCAGGAGAGUGCUGGUACCACAUCCCGUCUCCCCCGAGGCAGACCCUCAGACAGCUGUCAGUCGGACGGACCUCAGUCUUCGCCGUGGAUGAAAACGGCAACCUGUGGUACAGACAGGGCCUCACCCCCAGCUACCCUCAGGGCUCCGCCUGGGAGCUCAUCUCCAACAACGUCACCGCGGUGUCUGCGGGGCCGCUGGACCAGGUUUGGAUCAUAGCAGAAGGGGUCCCCGGCUUUCCCGGUGAGACCCCCGGAGCCGUCUGCCACAGGCUGGGUCUGGGCCCCAUGCAGCCCAAAGGCACGUCCUGGGACUACGGCAUAGGGGGAGGAUGGGAGCACAUCAGCGUGAGAGGAAACUCGGCAGAGGCUCCACGGGCCCCCACCCCCUCCCCGCCGGCCCCCCGCGCAGCCCGGCCCCCCAGCGGUCUCCGGCCCAAGUGAACGGGAACGCCGUGUGUGUGUAGCGCCCUCCCACCGCCCGCUCCCCUCGUGCCUGGAUGGACAGUACAUUUGUCUCCUCAGACCCUCCCCGGCAGCCCUUAUCCCUUCACGUAAAGGGAAUGCACAAUCACACCGCUGAGGUUGAGGCUCCUCUUUCGCAUCGAUGGAUGAAUGUUGAUCCCCGGCUCCUUCCUCCAGCAGAAACCGCGUCAGGAUCUAGCGAAGGAGCUUUUGAAGGAAGUAGAUCUCACCGUCUCGUGGAACAAAAAUAGAAGAACGAGUGCAUGUGUUUGCUCUUUCCAGGCUUUGGCUACUGGUUAUCAUAGGGUUUAUAAAUAGCUUUUAUUCUUUAAAACAACAUUCUGAGAGGGUGGGAUUUGGAUGAAGGGCUAAAGGCUUGGAUCACCAAAUGAAGUUCGAACACAGUCGACUGUAGCCUAACCUGUACUGGUUUGUAGGAUUUUGUUUUUGUGUCUGUUUUGCCUGUCUUACAUCAGCAUGUGAUUUUAUUUAUUAACUAUUUAUUGAUUUUACCAUGCAUUUGUUUAAUGUUGUAUUUAUUUAUUUUUGCUUAUUUUGAACAGUUACAUGUUUGCAAUGGAGUGAUUUUAAUCCAAAUUCCUACGACAAACAUCCCUUAACACUGAGGGCUUUUUAAACAAUAACACUGGCUAAAAUUUGAGAUAUUCGUACUGUAUGAAAUCAUAUCGCUCUUCCCCACCAGGCAAUAACCUGUCUGCAAUAAAGACGUUCUUCCUGUUGGUAUAAAUACGUCCACAUAACCGCUAAUGACUGUUGACGCUGCAGCAGGUCCGAAUGUCACCGUUUGUCGACAUUCAUCUUACAAGGGCAUUGAAAUGUGAAAUAAAAGUCUGGAACUAUCA